AUUGGGGGAAAAGUGUGGCGUUGUGACGCUUCUGCUCUCCUAAUGCGGGGAAAAACAGGAUAGUAACCGAGGAAGCAAAUCCCCCCAACAUCAGCACCGGGCUCAGUUUUUUUUCCAUCGAUAUCUGCUUGGGCAGGAUAACUCUUCUUCAGGUUUUCCCCAACUAACGCAUUUCUUCUACUUCUAAAAGUCUAUUUAAAAAAAUGUCACAGCAUUUCAGAAGCGGUCCAGCUUUCGGACUUUCAGCGGAGGUGAAAAGUAAGCUUGCACAGAAGUAUGACCCCCAGAAGGAGGAAGAGCUCAAAAUUUGGAUCCAUGAGCUCACUGGGCGCAAAGUUCCAGACAACUUCAUGGAGGGCCUUAAAGAUGGCGUCAUCUUGUGCGAACUCAUCAAUGCUCUUCAGCCCGGCUCUGUGAGAAAGAUCAACAACUCCACUCAGAACUGGCAUCAGCUGGAAAACAUAGGAAAUUUCGUCCGAGCCAUUCAGGAUUACGGUCUGAGGCCACAUGACAUCUUUGAGGCAAAUGACCUGUUUGAGAACGUCAACCACACGCAGGUUCAGAGCACUCUGAUCACACUGGCUGGGAUGGCUAAAUCUAAAGGUGUCCAUACUAAAUCUGACAUCGGGGUGAAGUAUGCAGAGAAACAGCAGCGUAGGUUUGCACCUGAGAAACUGAAGGAGGGGCGCAACGUUAUCGGCCUUCAGAUGGGGACCAACAAGUUCGCCAGCCAGAAGGGGAUGACAUCAUACGGAACAAGGCGUCACCUCUAUGACCCCAAAGCUGGCAUGGAGAAUCCUCUGGACCAGUCAACAAUCAGCUUGCAAAUGGGAACUAACAAAGGAGCCAAUCAGUCCGGUAUGACGGCACCGGGUACCAAGCGACAGAUCUUCGAGAAGAAGCUGGACAUGGAAAACUGUGACACUUCCAUCGUCUCACUGCAAAUGGGUACUAACAAGGUGGCAUCGCAGUCCGGCAUGACUGUGUACGGGCUCCCGCGUCAGGUCUACGACAAAAAGUACUGCACUUACGCUGAAGACUACAUGGACAACGGCCAGGACAUGCAGAUUGACGGAUACCAGUACUCUGACUAAGACGGCUACACACCACUGCUUUUUUAAAUUCACUUAUUUCUUGCCCACGGUUUUUAAAAAAAAAAUGUAAACCUUAUCCUGCAAGACCACGCAAACUCUUAACAGCAAUCCGCCGAACCAGAACAUUAGGUUUAAUUUAAGAUGGAAUAAAAUAUAUAUAUAUAUAUAUGUUUGUUAUGUUUUCCUGCCACGGGCUGUCCCUGCUUCUCACUCAGAAUCGAUUAUAUUUGUAUGUUUUUCGAGUGUAGCAGCUUCUUGUCACCACUUUGCAUGACAUUCUGUUUUUAACAAAUGGACAAACUAUGCUUUAAAAAUGGCGGUGAAACAAAGAAAAAAAUCUUGGUUUGGUUUGAAAAUAGCCCUAAAUGUCGACUGUUGCUGCUGAUGAUUGCAAGUCUUCAGAUAUGAAGUUUGGCUCAAAGGAAGUAACAAAAAAAAAAAAAGGUUUGACAAAGAUGCUAUUGUACUAACCAAGCACUACACCCACUAACGCCUAAGAAUUCUAUCCACCUUUACGAGACAAGCUUUGUCACCCAAAACACCUUAGAGAGCACGUUGUUUCAGUCAGACAUCUAAAAUCAAACCCAUCCUUGUCUUGGUCCAAUGUUUUGUUCUGUCUCUUUGACACCCGCGUAAUAUGAAUUAGAAGACAGUAUGCGGAUGGACGUACCGUGUUGCCGCGAGGCUUUAAAUCGAGCCAAAAUCUACAGGUGCGGCACAAGAUGACGCGAAGAAUGUAAUGUACACCACUCCAGUAUUGCAUGGCUUUUGGAAGUGUGUAACGUUUAAUAGAAUGUUUCCAUUACAGCUAAAUGCUAAAACAUACUCUGUGCCUUGAAUAAUACAUUCCUCCUGCAUCACUUCUGUUCACAUGCAGAAACACAACACAGUACAAAAAUAAUGAGUUUACUUUUUAAAAAUGAAGUAAAGAUUUGGGGAAUUUUAAAAGGGGUUGGGUGAAGGGUUCCGAUCUAGUUUUAUAGGGCAAGAGUCCGGCAGUGUGUCUUCAAACAUGAAAAUCAAACCAAAUGUUACAAUGAAAUGCUUAAAGAGGCAAUCAUGACACCAAGGAGGACAUAUUUUAUCUUGUUCAUAGAAUUUAGUUGGAAAGUUAUAAUAAGAAUUAAGUUAUGUGUUAAGUUAUAUAAGUGUGUACACAAGUGUAAAUUGGAACCUUCAAGGUCCUGAAAUACAAAACAUACAAUACAGUGCAGAAAAGUAAUUCAUAGCCAGAGCAUCUGAGGCUGAGAUACUUGACUUUACAUGGUCUUUACAUGACCUGUUAUCUGUGCCUAUUAUGCAUUGUUAGAAAAAUGCAUUCCUUAAAUAGUUCUUGGUUUCUGAAAGUGCUCCACAUGGAAGCAAUUUGGAAACCUUUAAACUAUUCCACCUCUAGAGGGAAAAUCCAAAAUGUGCUGUAAAAUCUGCCGGGUAAGUCUCCAGCAUCACCUCAUCCACCAGUAGAGAAGAAUGAGAUACAAAAUGUACUUGAGAGUUCAAUGGAGUCAUGUCAAACAGGUCUUUCAAAAUAAAAUCAAGUCCUGAUUAGAUGGAAGGUGACGUUUGGGCAGACCGAUCUGGUGCACAUUGGGUUUCACCAAGGCAUAGAAGUGCUUAUUUCCAAAUUAGUAAAUCUAAUUAGAAGUAAGCCAUAUACUUACACAAAGUUACUGAAGUGCACUACUUUUCUAGUAGAAUGCAGCAAGUAAUUGCAACUGUGCAUGAGUGUGUAAUGAUAUGCGCACAUGCACUCCGAGCAAAGGUCUUGGUCAUUAUUAGAUUAUUAUAGCAGGCAGUAAUACGAAUCUAUGACCACCAGGACCAGCUCUAAAAAUACCAAAAGACCGAUUGCAGUUGAAAUUGUAUGUAAUGUUAUUUUACUUAUUGUGGACAACUUUUGAUCUGAUGUUAGAAAUGUUUUCAUAAAAGAUCAGGAUAGACUUAAAGGGUCACCUGCUUACUAAAUUACACAAUACAUUUAAAAGUCUUGAGGCACCCCCUUAUUUCUUUAUAUUGUUGUUGGUCUUUCGGUUGUUCCCAUCCAAGGGGGUCACCAGUGCGGACCAUCCAAUCCACACAACAAAAUGGGACAGGUUUUAUGCUGGAUGCUAUUCUUGACGCAACUCUCCCAUUUUAUCUGGCUUGAGACCAGCACUGCGUCCGGUGGCCUGGGUUUGAGCAUUGCCCCAAACCCCAAACCCCCAAAAAAACAACCACUGAUUAUGAUGUCGAUUACAUUUUAAGAAAUAGGAACAAAUAUUUUACUGACAGGCUGCAAAAUGCCUAAAAAUAGAUUUUUAAAAAAGGUUAUGUAACCUCAUCAGCAACCUCAUUUCCCCUCUUGUCCGUUCCAACUGUUCAGCAUUCAACAUCAUCAGUAUACUAAUCAUUGGCCUCAUCAUCUGUUAUCAUCAGCACCUGUUUCUCGCUGGUUCAUCCCUUAGGUUAGAAGGGGUUUUUUAUGCUUGACUGAUUUAUAGGUCUCUGCGUGGUCCAAAAAGAACUGAAACUUUUAAAACUGCUCAGAUACAGGGACUGGAUGGAAAAUGUGAGCCAAAAACAUCCUUCAGGAAGCCUCGAGAAUCCUUUAAUACUAUUAUAAUAAAAAAUAUGAGGAAGGUAAUCUCUUUAAAAGUGAAAUAUAAAGAAAUAAGUGGUGGAUCAAGACUUUUGACUAGUACUGUACAUACGCAAAUAGUUUGUAAAAAGGCGUAAUGUUCAAAACAUUUCUAAGACCCUGAAAAAAGUAAAAAUAAUUACAAAACACUACAGCUUGUGGAUAUAGGGGAAUAAAAAAAUUGUGAAGUUAUAUAUUUUACAAUAUAACACAUCCCUAAAUGUUUUAUUCAAAUUAUACCUAUAAGAUGUUUGCCAAAGCACAGUUUAUUUACUAAACAAUAGCAAACUUUUUUAUCCAUUUAUUGCUACAUGAAUCCAUCGUGCUGUUAAAGAACCAGAACAUUGACCAGAGCAGAAGUACAGCAUUUAUCUUAUCCUGAAAAGGGAACAUAGACAAGUGCAACACCACUUCUAUUCUCCAGUACAGGGUAAACAGGCCACUGCUGACUUCUGUGACUUAUGACUCUCACUGAACCCCAGAGGCAGGAGGGAUAUUAAGGCCUGUAGUAACAGCUGACACGACUUUAUUAAUCCAUACCCACUGAUGGUGCUGUACACAAAUCAGCAAGGGAAUCAUAUGAUCUGUGCACUUCUAGUAAAUAUAAGCCUUCUCCAGUGCAGCACGUGGCAAUGUAUGUUCAUUCCAGUGUUUCAUGAGUGCCAUCUUGUGGUCAUAUUUCAGUAAAACACGUAGGGCAGGGGAGAAACGUGGCUCGGUGACUCAGAAGGGUCACUUCAGAAGGGUCAGAUUAUUGGCCCAAAUCUGGCAAAGAAAAUAAACUAAUGAGAAUUUAAAUGACCGGAACAGGGUUAAUAACCCAUUUUAUGCAUUAUUAAAAUCUGGACAAAAAAGUCCAGAUAAUGCUGAACUGAAAACUUGAUGAAAGAAAUGUUUUUUGGGAGGGAAAAAAAGAAGAAUUGAGGUCAGAAACACUUAAAGUUGCAUCAUAAAAGAAUCAACAUCUGACAUCACAACUUUUAAUAGUGAAAGUAAAACAGAGCAUUUACAUACGCACACAAUAUGAUGAGAACUCACUGGGAUUGGGACUAAACUGCUCUGUGGCUAGAAGAAAACCACAUCUCAGUGAGGCUAAUAAAAAAAAAAAAACUUUGUUAGGGAGCACAAAUAGAAAAAGAUCUAAUAGUCUGAUGAGUCCAAAUCGACCCUAUUUCAAGAAGAGAAGCGCAUUAAGCGAUGCACCCAUUCUGCCUACUGCUCACUGUACAAGCCUCUUGAGGCAGUGGGUGGCUUCCAUUGGUCAGGUCUAGCCUCAACAACAUUAUGUGGCAAUAAAAUAAAGCCAGCAAAUAACCUGAAUGUGUUAAAUUAAUUAGCUCAUCACAUCAAUGCAUUGUUGUUUUUUUCUUUACAUUAAGUCCAGGAAUUUUCCAGUUCCAGUUUAAAAAGUGUAAAAGAUUGUUCAUUUCACACUUAAAUUGGCUACCACUUUGUGCUCUGUAAUCAAAAACUACAUUUAAAACAAAAUAUUAGUGUGGGCAACUUGUUUUUGGCCAAGCAGUGCAUUUUCCUUUGUGUUGCCUAGCAACCAUAGUGACCAUGUAAUGACGAGUUUUUAAAUGCCAAGGCUUUGCAAUAAAAUUACUAUAAAAAGUCA